AUGAACAACCCCAACAUGCAACAGAACGGCAUGCAACAGAACCGGGCCACCGCGGGACUCCACCACUUUAUCCAGCACUAUCGCGUGCAGCAGCAACAAGGCAAGAUCCCAAAUGGCUGGCAGCAGGGUACGCAGCCGGAAGAGCGCGGUCAGCUGGCCCUCCAGUUCUUCACUCAGUACCGCCUGCUCAAGCCUGAAAUCGCCGAGGUCGAGUCUAUGCGCGCCGCCCUCCAGUUCGAGACGCAGACCUUCAUGUCUUCUUCGACAAAGGACCAAUACGUCUCCAACAUCAAGCAAAAGCUCAUCGUCAUGACGACUGCGCGCCAGCAACAAUUACAACAACGCAUGCAAGGCGGCGUUCCCAACAACAUGAACAACCCGAUGAACGGCAUGAAUCCCGCCCAGAUGAACCAGAUGAACAUGAUGAAUCAGAUGAGUCAGCAAGGCGCCAGGCCCGGAGGCCCCCAGUUCAACCCGGCCUUUCCGAAUGCCCAACUUCAACGGCCCAUGCAAGUUUCACCAGUGCCCAUGUCACAAGGGCAGUCUUCUAUGGGUGUUAAUGGGGCCAACCCCGCCAACAUGCCCCAACAGGGACAAAACAACCAGCAACCGAACAUGCAACCCAACCAGCCCACACAGAAUCGUCAGGACCAACUGAUCAUCAACCAGUUCGCUAAAAAGCUCAUGGAUACUUGUAAAGAGGAGGUUCGGCUCAAAUUCGAAGCUGAUAUUCGCGCAUGGCCCGAGGAUAAGAAGCAGCAGCUGCUCGCUCAGGGUAUCAACCCUCUCUUCCUCCGUUUCCGACAACACGCCGACAUGCUUUACAGAAGGGGCGCCCUCAACCAGCAGGGAGCUGCGCAAAAUGCCGGCGCCAUGCAGGGAGCUGCUCAGCCGAACCGGAUGCAGGCCCAGCAGAUGGGCAUGAAUCCACGUCAGCCUAACCAAGAGUUUGACUUCACUGAGAUAGCAAAUCGGCAAAUGGAAGCUAUGCGCAGUCAGGACCAGGGCAACACAGUAGUGCCUGCAAGCAACAACCAGAAUAACGGCGGUCAGAUGGGCGGCUUCCAGGGCCAAAACGCACAACAAAAUGCAUCACAAAAUGCCAUGGCACAGCGCCAGGCUGCUGAGGCAUUUCACCGCCAGCAACAGGCACAGCAGGCGCAACAAGCGCAAGCACAAGCUCAGGCCCAGGCUCAAGUUCAGGCUCAGGCUCAGGCGCGGUUGGAGCAACAACGGCAGCAACAGGCGGCGCAAGCACGCAACCAGCAGAACCAGAUGCUCCAAGGCCAAAUGGGCGGUCUGAACAUGCCCCAGGGUUCUCAGGCCAGCCCCGCCAUGCCUAUGCUCAACCGGCCGAUGGCUCCACCGGGACAGGCAGGACCUCCUGGUACACCGCAACAGCAACGGCCCCCUCAAGCUCACGUUCCCAUCAUGACGCCUCAACCCGGACAGACUGACCCCAACCUGUCCGAGCUUAUGCGACAAGCGCAACAAAGAGCUGCCGCCGUGCAGCAGGCCAACCAGCAACCGCUGACUGAUCAGGUUCGCAUGAACAUGAUGCCGGCCGACCUAGACCCGAACGUCAAGCAGCAACUGCUCAAGGUUCCGGAGCCUCAGUUCCGCGUAAUACUACAGAGCUACAUGAUGAAUCUUCGUCGCAAUGGCGGAAUUCAAAAUGGGGCCUUCCCCCCGGGUCAACCCAAUGCUGGGCAGCAAAACUUGCCUUUCAAUCAACAACCGCAACAGCAGAUGCCGCCUAAUAUGGGCGGUCCCAUGAUGAACCCCAACAUGCAGCAAGGCAUAAAUCGUGGCUUGAACCUUACGCAGCCACAACCUGGGGCUGGACCACAGCCUCCUAUGGGAGCACAGCGUGCGCCAAUGCAGUCUCAGCAGCAACGCUUACAGGCGGCCUCCAACUUGCUACGAGCCAAUCCUGGCAUCAUACAUGCUACUGACCCCAAGCCAUUUCCUCCGAACGUUUUGAACAAUUCCAUCCGUAACAGUCUUCCUCCGGAUGUUAGAACAUGGCAGCAACUGAAGCUGUGGGCUGGCCAAAACCCCGCUCUCGUUCCGGGUGUCGACAGCCAGAAGCUGCUCAUGCUACAGGUUCUUCACUUCCAAGAUAUGGUACGGAACUCUAACCAAAAUGGACCGGGUCCUAAUGGCACACCACAGCCUGGCCAUGGCAUUGCCCCGCCGGCGCAAGGAAAUCCUAAUCAAGGUCUUCUGAGGAAUCCCCCACAACAACCGAACAUGCAAAACAUGCUCCAGGUCACCCCUCAAGAAUUGGCACAAUUCCGGGCAAGAAUGGCAGGCCAGCCACAAGCCAACAUGCCAGACGAGCAACUACGAGGUCUGAUGAUGUCCAUAAAGAUGAAGAAUCUUCAGCAUCAGCGGCAGCAACAGGCGCAGCAACAUUUGAUGCAGCAGCAACAAGCCCAACGCGGUCAGGCGCAACCGCCUGCGAACAUCGCAGUUCAGCAGCAGCAAAACAACCGUCCACCGACUGUACAACCUCCAGCACAACCAACCCCUCAGCCCAAACCAGCGGCCAGACCUCCUCCACCACAAUCGCAGCCCAUGCAACCACAGCUAUCCAACAACAACAACAACAACAAUGUGAACAAGGGCACAAAGCGACCCAACGAGGACACUGCCGAGUCAGGUGCAGAUGCCGCGCCACAGGCCACCGCGAUGGCUUCGACGAAGUCUCAACCCGGGCUCAAUCUUACUCAUGAGCAAAUGUCGAAACUUACCCCGGCCCAGCAUGCUCAGUACAAGGCACAGUUACUGAAGGCUCAAGAUGCCUCCAACAACAAGAUGCAGCAACAACGGGGUGGUGUCGUCAACCAUGAAGAACUCCGACAAAGGAUGGCAGACCCAGCGAGGACCCGGCAAUUCAAGCAGCUGAUGGACGAAGUAGAAAAGAGUAUCCCCGCCAGACCGCCAGUACAGCUGCCGCAGCAGAUGCGAAUACCACUACAGCGAUCGUUUAAAGAACAACUCAGCCGACUAAAACAGGUGGAUCAGGCUCUACGCAUUUUCCACGCUUCGUACGAUUCCUCUGAGCCCGAGCAAGUUAUCCGCCAAAUCAUGACAUCUCGCGUGCUGCUGUACCAGCAGAUCGACCUGUCAGAUGGCACUCUUCGCCCUCAAGUCACGCUCACUAUUGAAGAGUUCAAGAACCAUAUGGGCGCAACACUCAAGUUCGUCAACAAGAUUAUGGAAAAGGUCAAGCAGCAAACAGCUGGUCAGCAGCCGCAGCCGCAGCUCCAGGGUGGUUCGAAUGCCCCGCCCGCUCAACUUAAUGCCGCAAAUCUGAAAAUCGUAGAACAACAAAACCGCAGCCAGAAGCCGCCUUCUGCCCCUACCACCGACCGACCACCAUUCGCCAUCGGAGCUGACUCAGGCCACGGAGCGGCACACUACUUCGAGGGAGCGAGACCAGUCACGAAUCUGGUGUUGCCGGAGAAGAAGCGCGCAAAGCUUGAGGGUAGCCAAUCAUCUACUCCUGGUGCGAGAGCGUCUCCUCGAAUCGGUUCAGGUACAGGUAACUCGCCUGAACUCAGAAGACAACCGCCCCCUGAGAAGCAAAUGCCACAACGACCGACUUUCCGAUGUAACGAUGCGAGUUGUGAAUUCUCUGUAAGGGGCUUUGAUACCCAGGGUGAACUAGAGGCGCACAGUCAGAUACAUGUCAAGGUCGAGAACCCGAUGCAAUUUGCUCUCGACUCCAUGGCGGAUUACUUGGAUAUUGACCAGAAGACUGGCGAAGCUAAGGUCGACCAAAACGCUGCCAAACGCGCGUCGAAGCCCGCGCCGGCUGCCCCACGAGCAACUCAACAGGCUGUUAAGCCGGAGCAGACCCCCGGCGCUUCGAACAAUGCUGCCACUCCAGUUGCACAACAGCCGGCAACUACGGCGAUGGCGCGGGUGCCAACGCAAACGGGCGUCAAGGACUCACCGUCGUCGAACCUGCUCAAGACACCCCAGGCGAUGACCAAGGUGGCUACACCUGGCUCGGGUGCCCGCGGCAAACCCACACCGGCCAGCAUCCCCAAAUCUGUACCCAAGGAGCAGCAAGCAACAGCUCCGGAGCCCGUGGUUCAAGACGAAGAGCAGACGCCGCAGCAGCCCAUGCUCCCAAUGUCUCUUCUUGACUAUUCCUACGAAGAUACCUUUGCCGCUCUCGAUGCGAACGGGCCUUUCACAGUCUUCGAUCUCAAGGACGAAGAUAACACGUGGGCACUCCGCUCCCGGCCCGCUUCACCAUCCGCCACGCCCGAGUCAUCUAACAAAGACACGCCUUCCACACGACAGUCUGACAUCUCCGAGAACGACAAUCUCGUUAUCAAUAUCGAUCUCAAGGAUGCCGACAUGCCUGAUGCAUGGCACAUCACCAUGGCUGGUGAUGUCCUCCCAAUGGAUAUGCAACUCUCUGAAGACCUGCAGAAUCUGGGCGUUGUUCUUCCUCCCAUGGAUAGCGAAGACAUGAUGUUAUUCCCUGACUAUGGUCCAGGGACUAUGAUGGAUCUCGACAUGCUCGAGAAGACCAUGGACAGCAUGGGUGGAACACUUGAUCCAUCCAUGCUUUGA